AUGUUGCGAUAUUAUAGAUAUGAAACAGGUGGCAACGAUAGUGUUGAUAAGGAAGUAUUACUCGAUGAAAAUGAUGAUUUUACACACUUUCACUUGGCCGAGGAGUGUAUGCGUAAAUAUCAACAAGGCAUAGAUAAACUGUGCAAAGUUGAACAGCAAGGUCGUAAGAGAACGUGGACACCGAGCCGAAAAGAACGUGCAAAUGAACAGGUCUAUCAGUCGUCGCGAUGGGUACCGUUGAUCAAGGACAUCAUGGAGGAUGCGAUCGACGAUAAACUCGAUCAGAAACACUUCCCGUUCCUUUCCGGCAGACAAAUGAACCCUACUUAUAGAGCACCAACAAGUGCGCGUUACGGUCAGUGGCAUAAGGAACGUGGUCAUCAAACGUCGUAUCGCUGUGGUCCUCGCUUAAUUGUUUUUGUGGUGGGUGGAGUGACUUACUCUGAAAUGCGUGCUGCUUAUGAGGUCACCAAAGAGAAGAAACCCUGGGAAAUCGUUAUUGGAUCAGAUCAGUUGAUCACGCCGACUUCA